UUCAAAAGCAUUCAAAAGGAUAAUCGCACUAAAACAUUACUGACACAAAGGGAAAUCAAUAAACCGCGGAACCAAAGCGGAUUGAUUUUCAGAAAACUAGAACGCACCUAAAUUUCACUUGGUUGUAUUCAGAAAGAGGAGUUUGUUGCCUAGCAGCGGGAGUUGUCCUCUCAUUCGCCCGUGGGAUCCGCUCACUGAACAUUUUUAAAACAGUGCUGCAAGUAGCCUACCUGCGCCAGCAGAACCAAGAGAACAUUGCUUUGCAGCGGGUAAAGCUGGAACGUUUCAGGAUGUGCAUUUGCUUAGCAAGGCUUAUGUAGCACAUGGGCCAAAUCAUUUUAAUUAUGAACAUCGUCGGUACCUAAUUUGUUUUUGUAAUUAAAUUUUUUUUUUGUUUUUUACGGAUUGCCGUGGUAAUAUCCAGUUUUCCGUUUCAUAUAGGCUACAUGUGAGUCGAAAACGCAUUGCUGGAAGUGGAAGAUGACCAUCCUUAAUUCUUUUCAAAUUUAAAAUGACAACAACUUUCAGUAUAUAGGUCCCCUGUAGGAAUCCUCAUCAUGACCAGUCAUUCCUCCAGCCCCAUGGAGGUCUUUGGGGACUGUGGCUCCCUGCUAUCUCUGGAGUCCAGCGUGUUCUACAGCGAGCCCCUGCUGCCCAGUGAGGACUCGCUCGACUUCUUUAUCAUCAAUGUGGGCGGCAGCCGCUAUGUGUUGUCCCAGAAGUUGCUGUCAUCAUAUCCAGAGACGCGCCUGGGCAAGUUGGCCCUCUCCCCCACCCGUGACUCUGCCCUGGACCUCUGCGACGACGUCAACCUCCUGGAGAACGAGUUCUUCUUCGACCGCAACGCCCAGGCCUUCCGCUACAUCAUGAACUACUACAAGACGGGCCACCUGCACGUGAUGGAGGAGCUCUGCGCUGUGUCCUUCCUGCAGGAGAUUGAGUAUUGGGGCAUUGACGAGCUGAGCAUCGAUGCCUGCUGCCGCGAGAGGUACUACCGGAGGAAGGAGAUGAAGGAGUCACUGGACAUCCGCCAGGAGGCUGAGACGACAGGCGGGGAAGAGGAGGACUUCUCGGGCGUGGUCUGUGAGGGCCUCCGGCAGAGGCUGUGGGAGGUUAUGGAGAAGCCAGACUCCUCGCCGGUGGCCAAGACCUUCGGCACGCUGUCCAUGUUCUUCGUGGUGAUCUCCAUCAUCAACAUGGCGCUGAUCUCGCUGGACUUCGGAACGCUGGGCCCACCGUUCCUGGAUGCCCUCGAGUAUGUGUGCAUUGUGUGGUUCACGACAGAGCUGGCCCUCAGGUUUGCCUGUGUCAAGGAUAAGUGCAAGUUCAGCAGGAGCGUCGUCAACAUCAUCGACCUGCUCGCCAUCCUGCCCUUCUAUGUGACGCUGGUGGUAGAGAGCCUCCAUGGCGGGUCCUCGGAGCUGGAGAACGUGGGGCGCGUGGUGCAGGUGCUCCGUCUUAUGAGGUCGCUUCGAAUGCUGAAAUUGGGGAGACACUCCACAGGCCUUAAGUCCCUUGGCAUGACGAUUGCCCAGUGCUAUGAGGAAGUGGGCCUGCUGAUGCUCUUCCUCUCGGUGGGCAUCUCCAUCUUUGCCACAAUGGAAUACGCGGUGGAGCACGACCUGCCCGGCACCACGUUCACCAACGUUCCGAGCGCCUGGUGGUGGGCCACCACCUCCAUGACCACUGUGGGCUAUGGCGACAUUCGGCCCGACACCACAGUGGGCAAGGUCAUCGCCUUCCUCUGCAUCCUGUCGGGCAUCCUCAUCCUGUCGCUGCCCAUUGCCAUCAUCAACGACCGCUUCUCGGCCUGUUACUUCACGCUGAAGAUGAGGGACGCGGCGCUGCGCCACAGCGAGGCCCUGAAGAGGCUGACCCGCAGCUCCGCCUCCGACGUGUCGCUCAGCGUCAACCUCCGCGACGUCUACGCCCGCAGCGUGAUGGAGAUGCUCCGGCUGCAGGGGCGAGAGAGGGCUAGCACGCGCAGCAGCGGCGGGGACGAGCUCUGGUGGUAGA